AUGGGCGCCGCGGCUGCUGGUGCAAGGUCACUGCUGGCCGUCACCCUGCUCAUCGCCGUCGGAGCGUCGUCCCUACUGCACCUCGCCGCCGCCGCCGCCGCAGCCCAGGGUGUUACGUUACACGUCGACGACCCUCGCCAGGUGCUUGUCGACAAUGGCGUGGUGCAGGUGACGCUGUCCAGGCCGCAGGGCCACAUCACCGGCGUCCGCUACAACGGCGAGCGCAACCUGCUGUACUACACCGGCGACGGCAACUCGGGAGGGUACUGGGAUGUGGUUUGGAACUAUCCAGGGUCCGAUCACCCAAGAGGGAUGAUCGAUAUGUUGGAUAGUACAGAGUUCAAAGUAGUAUCAUCAAGUGAAGAACAAGUGGAGCUUUCUUUCAGGAGCACAUAUAAUCCAUCACUUCCAAACAGCGUUCGGCUAGACAUCGACAAGAGGCUUGUGAUGCUGAAAGGCAGCUCUGGGUUCUACUGCUACGCCAUCUUGGAGCACUCCAAGGAUUGGCCUGCUCUGAACAUUGCAGAGGCUCGGCUCGUCUUCAAACUCAGCACGGACAAGUUCAACUACAUGGCGGUUUCAGACGACAUACAGAGGUACAUGCCCAGCAUGGCAGACAGAGACUUACCUCGUGGUGUUCCAUUGGCCUACAAGGAGGCUGUUCUGCUCGUUGACCCCAAGGAGCCACAGUUCAAAGGGGAGGUGGAUGACAAGUAUGAGUACUCGCUGGACAACAAGGACAACGCUGUCCAUGGGUGGAUCAGCUGCAACCAUCCGAAUCGCAUGGGGUUCUGGGUCAUCACGCCCAGCAACGAGUUCAAGAGCGGCGGCCCGAUGAAGCGGGAGCUCACCUCCCACGUUGGCCCCACCUCCCUCACCAUGUUUCUUGGGACGCAUUACAUCGGGAAGGACAUAGUUCUGAACAUUAGCGACGGCGAGUACUGGAAGAAGGUGCUGGGGCCGGUGUUCAUCUACCUCAACUCGAGCCCGAAGCGAGGCCACCUCCGGGCUCUCUGGGAGGACGCCAAAGCGCAGGCGCAAGCCGAGGUCAGCAAAUGGCCGUACAGCUUCCCCGAAUCACGGGAGUUCGCAAAGGCAAGCGACAGAGGCUCCGUCACCGGCAGGCUCACGGUCAGAGACAGGUGCAUGAGCAGCAACGACGACACGCCUGCCCCUGCCGGGAUGGCGUACAUCGGGCUCGCCGCGCCCGGGCAGCCUGGAUCCUGGGCGACCGAGUGCAAGAACUAUCAGUUCUGGACAAGGGCCACGCCCUGCGGCAGAUUCACCAUCGGCAAUGUCCGGGCAGGGGUGUACAAUCUCUACGCAUGGGUUCCCGGGUUCCUCGGAGAUUACAUGCACACUUCUUCUGUGACCGUAACGCCAGGUGGUGCUAUCGACCUCGGCGAUCUUGUGUUCGAGCCCCCGAGAUCAGGCCCGACGCUGUGGGAGAUCGGAGUCCCGGACAGGACUGCGGCGGAGUUCUUCGUCCCUGACGCCGACCCCAAGUACCGCAACGGGCUCUUUCUGAGCAAAGACAAGUACAGGCAGUACGGUUUAUGGGAGAGGUACGCCGACUUGUACCCUGGAAACGAUCUUGUUUUCACGGUUGGUCAGAGCAAUCACUCCAGGGACUGGUUCUUUGCGCAUGUCACAAGGAAGGUUGGCGAUGCCAAUGUGCCAACGACACGGCAGAUACGGUUCAACCUGGACCGCGUCGUGGCAGACGGCACCUACACUCUGCGCAUUGCUCUUGCGGCUGCUCACAUGUCCAGAUUGCAGAUUGUAGUGAACGGAGGUGCGAGGAGAGGCGGAGUGUUUACGACGCCGGAGUUCGGCGACGGCAACGCGAUCGCGCGGCACGGGAUCCACGGCGUGCAGUGGAGCUUCGACUUCCCCAUCAGGGGGUACCUGCUGGUGGAAGGCGAGAACAGCAUCAGCAUCACCCAGACGAGAGCCUUGAGCGAGUUCUUGGGGGUCAUGUACGACUACGUCCGGCUGGAAGGGCCUCCCGGGGCGUGGCGAGACCCGACGCGAGGCGAUCGAAUUCGCUAGGGAUUUUUGUAGGCUUUACAAUACACAGACAGGCAGCAAUCCUGGCAGGAAAUUGAAGAAUGCCAGUGCAGUAACAGGGGUGGAUUGUCGCAUCUAUAAUAGCUGUAGGAGAUGCCAAAUUGUACUAGAACGAAGUAGGCUACAGUUUUCGAAAGU